GUACAGAAUUCCGUCAUAGAUCGGUUUCUGAGCAAGGAAGUGACAUUGCAUGUCGAAACAAUACCUAAUUUUUUUUUGUCUUGUAUAAAGUUUCUUCGAUGAGCAAUGUACGUUUUCUAAGUUGACGAGUGACGAGGCCCCUGCAGUAAUCAGUGUUCGAGAGUCAACAGGAGUGCCGUCUAUCGGAGGAUCAUCAGUGCAUUGUUCCUGACGGAAACUCUCUAUCAUUAUUCAAAAUGCCUGCGAUUCGAAGAACUCUGAAAAAUGUUGUAAAGAACUAUUCAGAUGCCCAAGUGAAAGUUAGAGAGGCAACCUCGAAUGAUCCAUGGGGCCCUUCGAGCACGCUGAUGUCUGAAAUAGCAGAUCUCUCGUAUAAUGUAAUGGCUUUCACAGAAAUCAUGCAGAUGGUAUGGAAACGCCUAAAUGAUGAUGGAAAAAACUGGAGACAUGUAUAUAAAUCACUUGUGGUGCUGGACUACAUUAUCAAGACGGGCAGUGAAAAGGUUGCCCAGCAGUGUAAAGAAAACUUCCACGCCAUCAAAACGCUGACCAGCUUCCAGUAUAUUGACGCAGACAACAAAGACCAGGGCAUGAACGUGCGAGAGAAGGCCAAACACCUGGUAGCGAUGCUCUCCGACGACGAGAGGUUGAAAAAUGAAAGAGCCAAAGCCCUGAAAGCCAAAGAAAGAUUCGCUCAGAAUGCCAUGGGCGUGGGGAACGGCAACGGUGUGCCCACCAGGUCGAAGGUACGUCUGGGAGGCAGCCCCACCAUGGGGGGGUACCAGGAGACCCCGGCAUACCCUGACUCAUCGCCUGGCAGCUGUAGUGCAGGCACGCCAUCAGAGAUCGAGUCGGCCCGACCGUCGUCAGCCGGGGAGGAGGAGCUACAGCUGCAGCUGGCGCUGGCCAUGAGCAAAGAGGAACACGACGAGCAGCAGCGCAAGCAGAAGUCGGAUGACAUCAAGCUGCAGAUGGCCAUCGAGCAGAGCCGCGAGCAUGUGCCGUCGAGCCCACCAACUGGAAGUACCCUGUUGGACUUGGCUGGCCCCAGCAGUUCGGGACCCCCGACCUCCGACCCCUGGGGCAUGCCCCUCCCGGCCAGCUCUGGACCCCCGACGGACCCUUGGGGCGGCCCACUCCCCGCGCCCACCACCAGCGCGACCACGCCCGACCCGUGGGGUAGCGGAGCGGGUGGGGCGGCCGGCGGGCAGCCUCCCCCGUACAGUGCGGUCCACGCCUCUGCGGGCAGCUCCCAGCCACAGAGCUCUACGGACGCUUGGGGCAUGCCUGUCGCAGCUCCUAGUCCCCACAGCACAGGUGGCUCCCAGACCAAUGGGUCUGCCGGGGCGUUUGAUAUGAGCGGUCUAGGGCAGGACUUGGGCGAGAACAAAAAGAAAAGUGCAGAAGAUUUUCUGGGUGCAAACGCCAAUUUGGUGAACUUGGAUCAGUUGGUGUCGAAAGCACCACCGAAAGGCAACAACCCGUUUGCCAUGACGACGGGGAACAACAACCCGUUCCAAGACCCCAGCUCGGGCGUGCGUCUGCCCAUGGCGGCCAUGCAUCCCCCCAGCGCCGCCCCAGGCUUCUCCCAGCCCGUCAGCGCGGGACUUCUGCCCGCCCCGCUACUUCCAGUCAACCAGCCACAAGCUAUGCAGCCACAGGCCCAGCAGAACUAUAACCCUUUCUUAUGAGAACUGUACACCGCUGUAGGGGACGGGGGACGGGGAUGGUAGACACACGUUGUUGAGGGAGACGGGAAUGGUAGACUAAUGUUGAGCGAGACGGGAAUGGUAGACAACUGGAAUGGUAGACAACUGUAGUGGAAGGGAGACGGGAAUGGUAGACAACUGUAGUGGAAGGGAGACGGGAAUGGUAGACAAGUGUAGUGGAAGAGAGACGGGAAUGGUAGACAAGUGUAGUGGAAGAGAGGAGAAGAGAGAUACUGUCAUUGGGAGCCGCGGGGUUCAAGAAUCUCUGUGCAAGGUUGUACCACUGGAAGGGAGGGAGGGAAGGACGAGGUGUGUGUGUGUGUGUGAG